AUGCUGCGACUACACACUCAUUGCGGCUUUCUGGCUGCCCUCGUUUGGGCAGCCAAUUGCCAAGAAACAUAUGAUUUCAUCAUCGCCGGAGCCGGGACAUGUGGCUCGGUGGUGGCCAACCGCCUCUCAUCGGAUCCGAACCUGUCCGUUUUGGUGAUUGAGCCGGGCCUCGACGAGCGGGCCAACCCGAACGUCACCUCGGUCCUGGGCUUCUUGAGCGCUUUCAACACGCCCAUUGACUGGGCAUACAACAUCACCCCGCAGGCCAGUCUGGGCGGUCGUGGCAUGCAAUACCACGCCGGCAAGGCGUGGGGAGGCACCAGCACCAUUAAUGGAAUGACGUUUCUUCGCGGUGAUCGAGCUGAGAUUGACGCGUGGGAGAGUCUAGGGAACAAGGGCUGGAACUGGGACUCGCUGUGGCCGCAUUACAAGGGUGUGGAACGGUUCGAAGUGCCGACGCCCGCGCAGACCGACGCUGGCGCAAGCUGGAACCCCGACUUUCAUGGUCUCGACGGCGAGCUGGCGACGGGCUAUGCGUAUGAGCUCAUAAACGGAAGUUUGCACGAGACUUGGCGGCAGACCUGGGAAGGUCUCGGCUUUCCCUGGAAUGAGGAUGCCAAUGGCGGUGAUAUCCGGGGGAUUAGCAUCUGGCCGUCGACACUGGAUAGGGAUGCCGACACUAGAGAAGAUGCUUCUCGAGCAUUUAUCCAACCAGUAGAGUCACGUCCAAACCUCAAGAUUAUACAAGGAACCGUCAAGCGAUUGACUUGGAACGAGGAUGGGGACGUUUGCGAAGCGACCGGCGUCGAAUAUCUCACUGCGGCCGGCGAAACGAUAACAAUACAGGCUCAUAAAGAAGUCAUCUUGUCUGCAGGAGCUCUACGCUCACCCCUGAUACUGGAAUCAUCCGGUAUUGGCCAACCUGAACGUUUGCAGAAACUCGGCAUCGAAACAAAGAUUGAUCUGCCAGGCGUUGGCGAGAACAUGAUUGAGCAGCCCUUGGGCGUCGUGGCCUAUGCUGGAAACGUGCCAAAUGCGACGGGUACAAUUGUGCCCUUUGGACUAUUCAUCAACGCCCGUGACACCUUUGGCGAGCAGACAGCUGCCGUAGCAGCUUCUACUAAAGCCAACCUCUCGAGCUGGGCAGCGGAUAUCUCUGCAGCGAACGGCGGGAUCAUUAGUGCAGAAGCAUUACUCGAGGUUUUCGAGAUCCAACACGAUCUCAUAUUUAACCACAACGUUACUAUAGGCGAAAUCUUGUCCAACUUUGCCGAGCAGGACGGCUAUCGCUACGUCGCCAAUGUCUGGUGGCCAUUGCUACCAUUCUCACGUGGCAGUGUGCAUCUUAAGUCGGCAAACGCCAUUGACGACCCGGCCAUCGACCCCCAAUAUCUCCUUGCCGAUUUUGAUGUCACUGUCAUGACGGGUGUAGGUAGAGUGGCACAGUCAUUCUUCUUCCAAGAACCUAUGAGCAAUAAUAUCACCACCGCUCUAUUACCCGGGGACGCCCUCUUGCCUCGGAACGCCACGGACGAACAAUGGCGCAAUGUACUCGUCGACCAAGUGACACCGAACCAUCACGCCCUGGCCUCGGCAGCCAUGAUGUCGCGCGAGCUUGGGGGCGUUGUUGAUUCCGAACUCAGAGUCUAUGGCACACGCAAUGUGCGAGUCGUUGACGCGUCAGUAGUACCAUUGCAAAUCAGUGGGCAUCUCACCGCGACUCUAUAUGCGCUUGCCGACCGAGCUGCGGCGAUAAUAAUUGGAGAGAUAUAA